GAUUAUUUUCCAACCCAUCAUGGAUGGCCUAUGUCAACUGUCAAUGGUCGAUCGUGGCUACCACACCCUAUGUUCGUAACCUGCACGAAAUGCAAUCAUAGAUUACAGGUUUUGCAUCAUAUAUGUGUACUUUGGUUUUUACUUUGCCAAACAAGGGAAUUCAGAUUUGAGAGUUCUAGUUUUUAGGGUCUCUUGUUCAAGAUUUCAAUCAGCAAUAGCUGAGGCUAAAUGGGUUGCGAGACAUGGAACGAAAGAAGGCAGCAGCUAUUGCAGUACUUGCAGACACCAUUUCUAAGAGAAUCCUUCUACAUCAUCACCAUCUCCCUUCUCAGCCUCAUCCUCCCACUUGCCUUCCUCCUUUUAGCUAGGCUAGCUAAUGGCUAUUACAUCCUCUCCUUCACAUCUCUACCACUUUCCUCCUUCCUCCCAGUUUCCUUCCUUUACACCAACACAAACCUGCUUCAUCUCCUUGUUUCUGCCAUCAGUGUCACCUCUCUUCUCCGGACUUUGAUGGGUCACUUUGAUUUCACCUUACACAGCAACAGCAAGAGCAAGACCACAUCCAAAGCUUACAUCUGCGCUGCUUGGAUUUUCCUCUGCACCUUCCAUAUCUGUGUUGUAUUGGGCAUUGAAGGGACUAUGGCUUCUGGGCUUUGGACCGUUGACUUGAAUGUGAUUGGUAAAGGUGAUAGCAAGAACCUGGUGAGUCGGGUUGUGUUAUUUAUUGGGUUGCACGAGACGACGCUUCACUGGACGAGAACCAUUGUGAGACCGGUGGUGGAUGAUACAGUGUUUGGGGUUGUGAGGGAGGAAAGGUGGGUGGAGAGGGCGGCUAUGGCUGCUAGCUUUGGUGGGUUGUGGUGGUUGGGUUUGAGGAACGAGGUGGAGGCAUUGGUGGUCAUCCUUGAGGUCAAACGAGAGCUGUGGAUGCGUGUGGAGAUGGCUGAUCUUGUUAAUUGCUGGCUCUAUUACCUCAUAGCAACGAUUGCCUUGGUGAGGCUGAUCAGGAGCCUCCUUUGGAUAGUCAACCUCUUUUUCUGCAGAGGCCUUCGAAGAAGUUCCGGUAGCUCCGACGGUGAUGAUGAUAGCAAGGUCUAAACCUAUGGUUGAUCUGAUCCCAAUUCUGGCCGAAAUGUCUUGGUCAAUCCCUGUAUGGAAGCUAAGGUUUCUGGUCGAUUUCUCUCGGAUCCUGACCAAUUCGGAUCCGUAAACUGGGUUUUUAAACCCUGUCUAAACUAGCAGACCUUAACUAGUUCUUGAUUUUCAA